AUGGAAGUGCGAAGACGACUACCUCGCGAGAGGUCCUACAUACACGAGAAACAAGAGCUUGCUCCAGUCUCCGAGAGUCCGGCAUCCAAGUCUGGACAUGGCAUGAUCAAUGGCUUGCUGGUCUGGUUUGGGUAUCUUGUUCAACUCCUGAGAUCGAUCGUGUAUGCAUCACGGAAAGAGGACACGCGACAGAAGGACGAUGAUGACGAGGACAAGAGCAAUGAAGAGACGGUGCUGUUGGGACACGUGUGUCGUGGAGUGAUGGCGGUACACGAGCGGCGACGAAGGAGGAGCACCGCUCUUGUGCUGUCCAGCUGUCGCCCUGGAGAGACGCCUUCUGCACUGAAGCACGCGGCAGCUGCAUACGCCUUUUUGGACUCGGAGACGCAUCCCAGACUUCUCCGCUGCCUCUCAUCUGGCCCACCGAUCGUCCUCGAAUAUGCACCCCUCGGCACCGUCUGCGCCCUCCUCUCCUCCAAAGCACCCUACCCUUCGCUAUCUCACCCCUCAAUACCUGCCAAACACGCCUCUCUCGCCCUCCCACUCUCCUGGCUCCUCCAAACCUCCUCCGCCCUCCGCUUCCUCCACGACCAAAAAGUCACCCAUGGCGCCAUAUCCCCAUCUUCGCUAUUGCUGCGCUCCGACAUGUCCAUCGCCAUAACAGACUUUACAAAAUCCACAAUCAACGGCCAUCACAAUGGCGUGCCCACCCGAGCACCCAAAGACUUUGCGUUCCCCGUCGAUGCACUGCGCUAUGAUUACUUUGACGGCGAGCUCUCUGCAAACUCUCAAGCUUUGGAGGUGAUGAUAUCGUGGGUAUCAAGGAGGCUGUCAGGGAGUUUGCUGAAUCGUAUCAUGCUGCUUGGAGGUUUGAGGGGUGAUGGUGGCGUGACACUUUAC